AUGGGCGAGCUACUCAACCACAGCGGGAUUUUGGCAUUGAACAGGACUUUGAUGGAUGAUGACAAAUUCGGCAGUCUGGAGGAUAUUGACGUGACCGCGGACGGCACCCCGAUUCUAAGGAUAAUCAUCUCGGUUGUUUACUCUAUUGUGUGCGCGGUAGGGUUAAUUGGGAACUUGUUAGUCUUUUUCUUAAUGAGGUUAAAACAGGGCCGGAAGAAAUCGAGUAUUAACUUUUUCAUUACCAACUUGGCAGUGACGGACUUCCAGUUUGUGUUGACUCUGCCGUUCUGGGCAGUGGACACCGCACUGGACUUCAGCUGGCCGUUUGGAGACGCCAUGUGUAAAAUCAUCCUUUCCGUAACAGUUAUGAACAUGUACGCUAGCGUGUUCUUUCUGACUGCUAUGAGUGUGACCAGAUACUGGUCUGUCGCCUCGGCUCUGAAGAACCGGUCGAGACAGAGGUCGUGUUCGGUGAAAUUGGUGUGCGCGGUGCUGUGGGUCUCCGCAACCAUUGCCACAGCUCCCACUACCAUUUUCUCCUCCGUGACAGUAGUGGCUGGGGAGAAGCUCUGCCUCAUCAGGUUCCCCGAGGGACAUGACUGGCUCGCGCUCUAUCAUCUCCAAAAAAUCAUCAUAGCGUUCGUCAUACCCAUGCUGAUAGUGUCCGUCUGCUAUCUGAUGCUUUUACGGUUUAUCCGUCUGAGGAGCAUGAACAACAACCACCCCAAAAGGAGGUCGAGGGUGACCAAAUCUGUCACCAUCGUGGUCCUCUCCUUCUUUCUUUGCUGGAUGCCAAAUCACGCCAUCACAUUCUGGGGUGUAUUGGUGAAAUUUAACGCUGUCAAUUGGGAUAAAUCCUACUAUUUGGUCCACACCUAUGUAUUCCCGGUGACUGUGUGCCUCGCGCAUGCCAAUAGCUGCUUGAACCCAGUUCUGUAUUGUCUCAUGCGACGAGAAUUCAGAAAGAUGCUGAAGGAUUUGUUUUGGAGAAUUUCCUCACCAGCCAUCUCCAAAGCCUGUACAAUACGUACGUUUACGGGGACGUGCAACACACGUGUAACACACGACGACAACCAAGUAGUUAUUCCCUUGAAUGUUCAAGACACCACACAAUGUCGACUAUCAUUUAUUGACAGACCGGAUCUUCCCGCAAUACCGGGUCUACCCGGAAUGGCACCGGAAGAUUCACAGUGCAUCCACCAGACAUAA